AUGAGUAGGGUGGGGGGUCCCACGGGUGAGAGCGGGGACCCCCGGCAGGGCUCGGCGGGCCGGGAGGGGAAGCGGAACCGUGGUGGUUGUUACGCCACUGGGAGCCCCCCACCCCCGCAGGACUGGCAUUUCGAGGGGGUUAUAAGGGCGGGGGUGCUGGGCUGAUGUUGGGGUGCCAGAAGGUGCCAGGGUGGCUCCGGAGCACCAUGGCCAGCGCCCUCACCCUCUCCCUCUUCCUCCUCCUCUGCGCAGAGGCUGAAGGCUUCUCCCCCUGCCAGGCACCCACCCUGCAGACCAAGGUGUUCCAGUACCGGCUCUGGGAUGUGAACCAGAAGUCGCUGUACCUGCGGGAUGACCAACUGCUGGCCGGGCACCUGCAAGGGGCCAACGCCGCCCUGGAAGAGAAGGUGUUCUGGGUACCCAACCGCGCCUUCGAGCCCACCCGGCUCCCCGUCAUCCUGGGCAUCCGCAACGGCACCCGCUGCCUCGCCAGCCACCCCAAAAACAGCACCACCCCGGCACUGCAGCUGCAGGCCGUGGACAUCCGGGAGCUGCCCCACACUGGGGAGGCCUCGGCCGCCUUCACCUUCUUCCGCUCCUACAAGGACGGGCUGUGGCGCUUCGAGUCCGCUGCCAACCCCGGCUGGUUCCUCUGCACCGCUGCCCGGGGCCACCAGCCCCUGGCGCUGUCCCGCAGCCACGAUGCCACCCACCUGCUCGACUUCUACUUCCAGCUCUGCUGAGCCCCCCUGCCACAGCCAUGGGGACACUCCCAACUGGGAACAGGGACGUCCUCAGCCUGGGGACAGUGGCACCUCCCCCAGGAUAGUGCCAGCCCCUUGGGGAGGGUGACAUCCCCACCCAGGUUGGUGACAUCCUCACCCCGAGGAUGGUGCCAGCCCCCUGGCGAAGGUGACAUUCCACUGGGGAAAGUGACAUCCUCACUCCAGGAUAGGUGCCAUCCCCCCAGGAUGGUGCUGUCCCCUUCGGAAGGGUGUCAUCCUCCCCAGGAGAGUGACAUCCUCAGCCCCGGGCUGGUGCCACCACCCUCCCACCACCUCCGACAGUGCCAUCCCCGCGGGGACAGCGCCGUCCUCCCCCCUGCGCCGCUGAGGCAAUAAAGAUGCUCAGGCCAG